ACCCAAAGAACCAGACUUUUCUCCCCCAAAAUAUUUAUCGCUUGCAAAAACCCUAACUUUCGAUUCUAUUGCUCGAGAAAACCCUAACUUCUGUUUCCCAAAUUUGGUUCUUCCAAUGGAUGGAAGCGCUGAUGUAAAAGUAGAGGGGAGAGAAGAAGCCGGCGGUUUGGAUGAGAGAGACAAAGUGGGUGGUGAACCGGUGGUUAACAACGGAGAAGGCGUGAAGGAGGAGGAGAAUAGCGACCCGCCGUCGACGGGAGAGGAAGACCGAGGAGUUGGCGGAGACGCCGAUGUAAAGAUGGAGGAGAGAGGAGACGGCGGUUCGGAUGAGAGUGACAAAGGGGAUGAUCAAUCAGUGGAUGAUGAUGAAGAAGGGCUGAAGAAGGUGAAUAGUGACACGCCGUCGAUGAGAGGGAAAGACCGUGGGGAGAACGGCAAUACGGGGGUAAGGAGGUCUAGUAGGGCUAGGGUUACGGUUAAUGUAUCAGGAUAUGGUGCUGAUGAAGAGGACGAUGAGGAUGAGGGGGGUGGGAAGAAGGGAAGGAGGGGGAGACCGAAGAAGAGAGCGGGUGGCGACGAGGAAGCCCGGGAUGGUGGUGACGAUGAGGGGAGUGGGAAGAAGAAAAAGAGGGGGAGAAAGAAGUCGAACGGUGGGGAUAGGGUUUCAAGAAAGAAAGUGAGGGUCGGUGAGGAGGAAGAGGAUGGUGUUGGGAAGACGGAUGAACAUGGGGGUUUGAUAGAGGCAAAAAGAGAAGCAAGAGAUGAGGAAGAGGAUGGGAACUCUGAUCCUGCAACGGGGAGUGGCACGACGAAUCGGUAUGGUCGCAGGGUUUUAAAAGCUUCAAUGGAAGAAAAGAAGGAUACCAAUCGAGUCAGGGCUGGUGGGACGACUGAUGAACAAGGGGUUUUGAUAGAGUCAAAUAUGUGUCAUCAGUGCCAGAGGAAUGACAAAGGACGGGUUGUUCGGUGCCACGGUUGCAAGACAAAGAGAUAUUGUGUUCCCUGCAUGAAUACAUGGUAUCCGAAGAUGACUGAGGAGGAUUUUGCCAAUGCCUGUCCUGUUUGUCAAUACAAGUGCAAUUGCAAGUCAUGCUUGCGUUUGGAAGUGCCAGUCAAAUUCCUGAAGAAGGCUGAUCUGGUGCUUGAUGCUGAAGAAAAAAUUCAGCACUCCAGAUACAUUUUACGGGCACUACUUCCAUUUCUCAAAGAUUUCCACAGGGAACAACUGAGGGAGAAGGAAAUUGAGGCUAAGAUUCAAGAUUUAUCAUUGUCAGACACUAAGGUACAAUAUGCUGACUGCCCUGAAGAUGAGCGUGCUUACUGCAACAAUUGCCAAACUUCUAUCGUUGACUUUCACAGAAGCUGUUCACACUGUAAUUAUGACCUCUGUCUUAUUUGUUGUCGGGAGUUCCGUGAUGGCAACCUACGAGGAGGUGAGGAGGAAGUUGUCAUGAAUUACAUUGACCAUGGACUGCCUUACUUGCAUGGUUGGAGCCCUGAAGACAAUGAAGAUAAGAGUGUUAGGCGGAAGAGUGGUAGGCAGAAGGGUGGUCGGCGGAAGGGUGGUAGGCGGAAGGGUGGUGAAGACGAAGACCUUGAGGGUAGCCAGAAGAGUGGUGAGCACCUUGAUGGUAGCCAGAAGAGUGGUGAGCACCUUGAGGGUAGCCAGAAGAGUGGCGAGGACAUUGAGGGUAGCCAUUUGCCGUCUUUAAGGAAAACAGAAACUUCAGAUAUACCUGUUGGGCCGAGCAGCGUGGAUGAUGUUAAGUUAAUGUUUGAGUGGAAAGCAAACGAAAAUGGUAGCAUUCCUUGUCCUCCAGUAAAGAUGGGAGGUUGUGGUUGUGGAAACUUGGAAUUGAAGUGUAUGUAUCGAGAAGAUUGGGUUGCUGAGUUGUUGAUGAAGGUAGAAGAGAUAGCCAAUGACCUUACUGACGAGCCUGAAAGCUCUUCACUAGUGUGCCCCUGUUCCAAUGAGGCGGGUGAAAUUGAUGUAUGUAAUAACAAUUUAAGGAAAGCAUCUUCUCGAGAAGAUUCUGCUGACAACUAUUUGUUCUGUCCAGCUGCCAGAGAUAUCCAGUGUGAGGAUUUGAAACAUUUCCAGUGGCAUUGGCGUAAAGGUGAGCCUGUGAUUGUCGGAGACGUGCUUGAAACUACUUCUGGUUUGAGCUGGGAUCCGAUGGUUAUGUGGCGCGCGUUCCGUCAGAUAAAAAAUGUCAAACAUGAACCUCUUUUAGAGGUGACUGCCCUUAAUUGUUUGGAUUGGUGCGAGGUUGAGGUUAAUGUCCAUAAAUUUUUUCAAGGCUACCUAGGGGGUUUAUCUGAUAAUGAAGGGUGGCCUCAGAUUCUUAAGUUGAAAGAUUGGCCCCCGUCAAACUUAUUUGAGGAACGCUUGCCUCGACAUAAUGCUGAGUUCAUCAGUUGCUUGCCAUUUAAACACUAUUCACAUCCUCGCGAUGGCUUUCUAAAUCUUUCCACCAAAUUACCCAAGAAUUCUUUGAAGCCAGACUUGGGACCAAAGACGUACAUUGCCUACGGAGUUGCUCAGGAGCUGGGCCGUGGGGACUCUGUCACCAAGCUUCACUGCGAUAUGUCUGAUGCGGUGAAUGUCUUAACGCAUACCGCGGCAGUGAUGCUUAAACCGGAAAAUAUUGCCACAAUGGAGAAGUUAAAGCAACAGCAUAUUGCCCAGGAUCAAAGGGAAAUUUUUGGAAAUGGUCAGAUACUGGACCCAACAGUUGAGGAGAAGUGCGUGCCAUCAUGUAUGGAGAACCAUGGUCCAAUUUCCUCCGAAAUUGAGUUGGAUACAACUGUUACUGCUGAAUUAUUUGAUAGUUGUGAUAUCCAGAAGGGUUGUGAAGUUACUAUUGUUGAUGCAGCUUGCCAGCAACAUGAUCAAAAUGGUACAUCUGUGCUAAAGGACCAAGAGUAUACAUCAGGAUCAAAGGUAGAAGGUUUUGGGGGUGUGAAGGAAGAAGCCAAAGGCGCUAGUAUUUGGUCUACCUACUCAAGGAACAGGACAAGUUCUUGUGGUAGAAAGAGGAAGAGUGGAACAUCUCAUGCGGGUUUGGCGAUGAACCAUAAGAAGGGAAGUGUUGAAAUUGCUGUUACAGAAUCUCAAAAUGGGGAAAAUACUUCCAGUGGUGAAAGAAUCGAAGGAGAUGGUGAAAUGGAAGUGAGAGAGAGCAAGGCUGAGAUGGGUCCUACUGUCCAGCAAAGUACAUCUGAAGCUUCUGACACCACUGAAAAGGCAAAAGGGGAUCGUGAUGAAGUUGUGGAUAGCUACGGGGUGGCAUAUUUUGGAAAGGAUUUUGAAGGAUCGGAGGAUGCAGAUGGAGGUGCUGUUUGGGACAUCUUCCGACGACAAGAUGUUCCUAAGUUACAGGAAUAUCUUAGGACACACUUUAGGGAGUUCAGGCACAUUCAUUGUUGUCCAUUGCAGCAGGUUGUGCACCCGAUUCAUGACCAAACAUUUUAUUUGACGCUGGAACACAAAAGGAGGCUCAAGGAGGAAUAUGGAAUUGAGCCGUGGACUUUUGUGCAAAAACUUGGAGAUGCAGUCUUUAUUCCAGCUGGCUGUCCGCAUCAAGUUAGAAAUCUGAAGUCAUGCAUAAAGGUUGCACUUGACUUUGUGUCACCUGAAAAUGUGCAAGAGUGUGUCCGUUUGACGGAGGAAUUCCGCAUACUUCCAAAGAAUCAUAGGGCUAAAGAAGACAAGUUGGAGGUGAAGAAAAUGAGUCUUCAUGCAAUGAAGGAUGCUGUGAUGAUUUUGAGUGGGUCUCCAAUAACUGAGGAAGUCAACCACCAGAAAGAAGAAAAGAAACAAGUAAAGAAGAAAGGGAGGAAAAAAGGGACGAGAACUAGAAAGUCGUAGAUGAAAUGUGAUAAAAAGGCAUAUCCUUGUUCUGUAUCAACUCCGAGGACUCCUUUUGCUGGUGAAGAACUAUUUUGUUGCCUGUACUCUAUCCAGUAUCCAGUAGGGCUGUGAUUUGAAAUGUACUAGGUUGUUUUGGUAUAUCCGUGAACUGCUGAGUUCCGAAGGUCUAUACCCAGCCUGUUCUAUGUUUAAUUUGCCUUUCUAAUUUUUGGGUGUGUUUGGAAGGGUUGGCUGGAGAUGUUAUCAUGUAGCCUUUUACUAAGGAACUCGACUUAGCAGACAUUCCCGUAAGGAAUGUGUUUAGUAUUUUGGGUAGUUCUUGGUUCUCAGCAUUCAAACUUGCCAAGAGGUUUUUGGUUUGUUAUCAUCAUCUCAACAGAUCAGAAUGCGUCUUGUAAAUCAAUUAUUCGAAGUGCUUGAAUUUCAUAUUUUGUGUAGAAUUCGUACGAUGAUCUUCACACAGAAAAA